UAGUCCGCGCACAGCCCAGGAUUCAGCGCUGCCACCGCCCCCGCCACGCCCGCCCGGCGAGCGUUCCGGCCAGCGUCCGGGAGGGAGUCCUAGCCGGAGCGGUGCCGGGGGAGCGAGGGCCCCGCCAGAGUGGGGGGCGCCAUGGAGGUGGAGGAGGCGUUCCAAGCGGUGGGGGAGAUGGGCAUCUACCAGAUGUACUUGUGUUUCCUGCUGGCCGUGCUGCUGCAGCUCUAUGUGGCCACAGAAGCUAUCCUCAUUGCGCUGGUCGGUGCCACGCCGUCAUACCACUGGGACCUGGCAGGGCUCCUGCCCAAUCAGAGCCACGGCGGCCAGAGGGCUGGUGACGACCGGGCCCUGGGGGCCUGGCUCCUGAGGGCCAACGGCAGCGAGAUCCACAAGCACGUGCACUUCAGCGGCAGUUUCACCUCCAUCGCCUCCGAGUGGUUUUUAAUUGCCAACAGAUCUUAUAAAGUGAGCGCAGCAAGCUCUUUUUUCUUCAGCGGCGUGUUUGUGGGCGUGAUCUCCUUCGGUCAGCUUUCAGAUCGCUUCGGGAGGAAAAAGGUCUAUCUCACAGGUUUUGCUCUUGACAUCUUAUUUGCUAUUGCAAAUGGGUUUUCUCCCACGUACGAGUUCUUUGCAGUCACUCGCUUCCUGGUGGGCGUGAUGAAUGGAGGGAUGUCACUGGUGGCCUUUGUCCUGCUGAACGAAUGUGUGGGCACCGCCUACUGGGCACUCGCAGGGUCCAUCGGCAGCCUCUUCUUCGCGGUUGGCAUCGCCCAGUACGCCCUGUUGGGGUACUUCAUCCGCUCCUGGAGGACCCUGGCCGUGCUGGCUAAUCUGCAGGGAACGGUGGUCUUCCUCUUAUCCUUAUUCAUUCCUGAAUCACCUCGUUGGUUAUACUCCCAGGGUCGCCUGAGCGAGGCGGAAGCCGCUCUGUACCUCAUUGCCAAGAGGAACCGCAAGCUCAAGUGCACGUUCUCCCUGACGCCGCCGGCCAACAGGAGCUGCAAGGACACGGGAAGUUUCCUGGACCUGUUCCGGUACCGGCUGCUCUUGGGGCGCACUCUCACCCUGAUGUCUAUCUGGUUUGUGUGCAGCUUGGUGUAUUAUGGCCUAACUCUGAGUGCAGGUGACCUAGGUGGAAACAUUUAUGCCAACCUGGCCCUGUCCGGCCUCGUAGAGAUUCCAUCUUACCCUCUCUGCAUCUACUUGAUUAACCAGAAAUGGUUUGGUCGGAAGCGAACGUUAGCAGCAUUUCUGUGCCUAGGAGGACUGGCUUGUCUUAUUGUCAUGUUUCUUCCAGAAAAGAAAGACACAGGUGUGUUUGCGGUGGUGAACAGCCGCUCCUUGUCCCUGCUGGGGAAGCUGACCAUCAGCGCUGCCUUUAACGUAGCGUAUAUCUACACCUCCGAGAUCUACCCUACCGUCAUCAGGAAUGUUGGGCUUGGAACGUGUUCCAUGUUCUCCCGAGUCGGUGGGAUUAUCGCUCCCUUCAUCCCCUCACUGAAAUAUGUGCAGUGGUCUUUGCCUUUCAUUGUCUUCGGAGCCUCUGGCCUGACCUCAGGUCUCUUGAGUUUGUUGUUGCCAGAAACCCUUAACACUCCCUUGCUAGAGACGGUUUCUGACCUUCAGGUGUAUUCAUACCGGAGGCUGGGGGAGGAAGCUCUGUCUUUGCAGACCUUGGAUACCCCACAGUCCGUGGACAAGGAGGCUGCUUUAGGGAGUGAGAGUGAAGAGGAAGAAUUUUAUGAUGCAAAUGAAGAGACUCAGAUGAUCAAGUGAAAAUCCCAGAUUCCUCCACAGAAGCGGAAGAUCACUGUGCCUUUGGCCAAGGCAGGUUCUUGGAACCUGAGAAUUGUAGAAAGAUCGGCUUGAACAUAUGGAGAAGGCACUCGGCUUCUGGACUGAUUUUUGCCAGGCACAGAGCCAGUUGGAGAAGAGACUUCAUGAGCGAGGCCAUCACUGCAUUGAGGAAAUAGAUGUUAUUUGGUUGAAAAUUCAGACUUAGCUCAGAAUCGUGACCUCUGGCCAGACAGCUCAAUUCACAUGCCUGAGUGGCAAGUUGAUUUGUUUCUAGAAGUUUGAUUGGGUUGCUUUUCCUUCAUCAUGACCUAAAGGCCGAUACAUAAAAAUUUUUUUCUCAUAAUUUUUCUGGGAUGAGAUAAACACCCUUAAGAUCGAAUGGCUAGGCCCUUAAGAUUCAUCUUUAUACUGUAUUUGAUCUCUACCCUUGUCAGUUACUCCUCGCCAGGAAUCUUUUGAGGUAAUGUUGGUAUGAGCAGAGGAGAAGCACUGCGUUUGGGUGGCCCCAGACCUGCCAGCAUCACCCUGACAGAAUCUGAGUUCUCAGCUUGGUUCUCAACCUCAUGGUCGGCUCGAGCUCCACGUGUCUUCAGCCCCGCGGGUAAUCCUCUAGGAAAAGUGCAUGGUUCCAAAGCAGUUUUCUCCCUCAGAGGUGUGGCCACGAUGACCUGUUAGGUCCCUUCAGGACUCAAAUUGUGAAAUUUCUUCUGUUCCCACUUGUGUACACUGCUAGAAAAAUUUCCAUCUCAGAUUCCAGUGCCAGCAAUAACUUCAAAGUCAUACCCAGUGAAUGAUGAAGUUUUAUAAAGGCAGGGAGGACCGCUUAAAAAAAUAACAUGUUGAGCACCUGGAUGUUAGAGGUGUGGGGGAGAAGGUGCCAUUUUUAAUAAGGAAGAAAACAAAGUUAUCUUCCAGAAUUUUAAAUUUUGUUAUGUUUUCAGGGUUGUGCAAUGGGGGACUUGGGCAACAUUUAAGAAUUUGAAUCCUUCUAGCCUGAGAGCUACCUCUACCUGUUUAGUCAAAUGGAAGGCAUAGUAGUUCCAUAGGAAGUUUUGGGUUUUCAUUAAGUACUAACAACUUUCAAGUAAAUCAGAAUCAUACUUAGCUCCCUAAAGUCAUGUGCUGAAAAGUCCUGUUUCCCCACGAAACUUGAAUGUUACCCGGAGUUCUCACCUGGAGUCAGUGGGCGUGGCCAGCAUUGCCAUGAGCUACUCUUCCAACCAGGGAAAUGCCUGCGUUUUCAGAAUUUCCCUUCGUACAGAUCUCUCAGAGAAAAAGAAAUUGCAUUAAUAUAAAAAGAGGAAGUCACCACAACCGCUUCGGGAAAUCUUGGAGGAGUCCCCCUCAUCGGCUCCGCCACUCUCCUGUCUUCUUCCACUUCAACCUCUUGGUUUACAUUGCUUCGGUUGGACCUUUGUAUUUGCUAAAGUAUGUUUAUGUUCUUUAUGCCCUUGAUUAUAGAUUGUACUCUUCAUAAGAAGGGGCCAUCUCUACUGCUUUCUAUUUCUCUCCACUGUGCCCAGAACGUGGGCCUAGACACCAUAAGGACUAGCAAGUAUCAUGCUUUCUAGCCAUCAGAGGAAUUGUGGAACUCUUCCCAGUAUCAUUUUUGUAAAGCCCAGGCAGCCCUGGCCCAAACCCAUGUGGAAUCCUGCUUGGCCUUCUCUGGAAAUGAAGACCUUAUCCAUGACCAGGAGCGGAAGGGAUGAACCUGCAAGGACUCUCAGAAGCUCUUCUUCAAUGGUCGGGGCAUUAAAAAUAAAACAAUAAACUAACAUACAUGUGAUUUGGGGUUAGUGGGGGCUCUCUUUGCAUCGUAAGAAUAACACAUCCUAUCAUAGAAAAUUUGGAAACUAGAAUUUAAAAACUAUCUCUUGUAGGCCCCACACCCAGAGACAACCAGUGUUAGGGUUUCGAAGACCAGUUAGGACUCAUCUCUGUGUUGGCAGAAGGUGCCCUCUGCCCCUGGCUAAAUAAAUGGACAUUCUGUUAGUUCUAUCCCUGGGCACCCUUUUCCCCAGCUAUGGGUGGGAGAAGGGAGGGAGGGACACACAUUUUGGACACAUGUUACUUAAUAAGGGUGGGUAGGUUGUUGGUGGCUCGUAUCAGAUGUGUCACUCCAUUUUGUUUCUUUCUAGAAGAUCUUUUGGCAGAGUUAAAGAAUGACUAUUUUUUCAUUCCUCUGCCUUUUAUAAAAACAGGGUUUUUUUUCUUUCAAUAGUAACUGUUGAAG